CGCUGGAACCGGAGUCACUUAUCGGAAUUCAGGGGGGGUGUUUAAGCCUCUCCAUUCAGCCGCUGUUGUGUUUUCCGAACUGCACUCUGUUGCGGCGCAAACCAGCUCACUGAGAACGCAGACUGCUGCCUGGAGUUCACACAAUCGCCUGGCCCCCGUUGUUUCUUCUUCUUUUCUACUGAGCAGCAUAUUUUUUUUUUUUUUUUUUGUGUCCGACUGCGCUUCCGCCAUGUUGAACUGAUUCAAGUAGCGAGCGACUGCCUGGGACCGAAGUGACAAGCCCUGGAAAUCGGACUAGACGGAGUUACGGGGGCUGUUGCCGCGCCGGUGACGCAGGAAAAACACCCAGAAGCAGAGGGGGGGGGGGGGAAGAAAAAAAAAAAACACCUCGUAGGAAUUAGACCGUUCUGGUAACAGGUUUGUGGCCCCCCCUGCGAAACUGUCACCGACACAGGCCACGUUUAUGUAAUAUACGACGACACCACCGCUCCAGGCUGGACGUAGCCCGUGCAUAGAGGGGGAAGUCAUAUCAAAUUCCUGGUUAUGCAAUGGUCUCAGCGGCACAUCCAGACCUCCAGGUGCUUGUGUCCCUCUCUCGUGUGUUCGGGCUCUCUUCCCUCUGCUCCACAGCUGAGGUGGCUGUGAUUUCCCUCCUGGCCAGCGCUCCCUAAGAGGCCAAGAUUGCCAAGAUCUGCCCGGUGGCGAGCAUGACGGCCACCACACGUGGCUCUCCGGUGGGGGGCAAUGACAGUCAGGGCCAGGGCCAGGGCCAGGCACCUGAUGCUCAGAGCCAACCCCCACUGCCACAGAACCAGACAUCUUCUCCUAACUCAUCUAAUGAGAACUCUCCAGUGAGCCCACCAGAUGAGCAGGGUCAGGGGGAAGGGCCCCAUCAGCUGGAAGAGGAGGAGCCCGCCUUCCCUCACACUGACCUAGCCAAGCUGGAUGACAUGAUCAACAGGCCUCGUUGGGUUGUUCCAGUUUUGCCAAAAGGGGAAUUAGAAGUCCUCUUGGAAGCUGCAAUUGACCUGAGUAAAAAAGGACUGGAUGUGAAAUGUGAGGCAUGUCAGAGGUUUUUCCGGGACGGUCUGACCAUCUCCUUCACGAAGAUCCUGACAGACGAGGCAGUCAGCGGCUGGAAAUUUGAGAUUCAUAGGUGUAUCAUCAAUAACACGCACCGGUUGGUGGAGUUGUGCGUGGCCAAGCUCUCUCAGGACUGGUUCCCUCUACUGGAGCUUCUGGCCAUGGCCACCAACCCCCACUGCAAGUUCCACAUCUACAAUGGGACGCGGCCCUCCGAGACCGUCCCCGCUGGAGCACAGCUGGCUGACGACGAGCUCUUCGCCCGACCACCAGACCCACGGUCUCCUAAGGGCUGGUUGGUGGACUUAAUAAACAAAUUUGGCACGUUAAACGGGUUUCAAAUGUUGCACGAUCGCUUCAUGAGCGGCCAAGCACUGAACGUCCAGAUCAUCGCUGCACUUAUCAAGCCUUUUGGCCAGUGUUACGAGUUCCUCACAUUGCACACGGUAAAGAAGUACUUCCUUCCUGUCAUCGAGAUGGUUCCUCAGUUUCUAGAGAAUCUCACAGAUGAGGAGCUCAAGAAAGAGGCCAAGAAUGAAGCCAAAAAUGACGCACUGUCCAUGAUAAUCAAGUCUCUGAAGAAUCUGGCUUCUCGUGUUCCGGGGCAGGAGGAGACCGUGAAGAAUUUAGAGAUUUUUAGGUUAAAAAUGAUUCUUAGGUUAUUGCAAAUUUCUUCUUUUAAUGGCAAAAUGAAUGCACUAAAUGAAGUGAAUAAGGUGAUCUCCAGUGUGUCCUACUACACUCAUCGGCAUAACCCCGAAGAGGAGGAGUGGCUGACUGCGGAGCGCAUGGCGGAGUGGAUCCAGCAGAACCACAUUCUCUCCAUCGUGCUCAGGGACAGUUUGCACCAGCCGCAGUACGUCGAGAAACUGGAGAAGAUCCUUCGCUUCGUUAUCAAAGAGAAAGCUCUUACAAUGCAGGAUCUGGAUAACAUCUGGGCUGCACAGGCUGGUAAGCAUGAGGCUAUUGUGAAGAAUGUCCAUGACCUCCUGGCCAAGCUGGCAUGGGACUUCUCGCCCGAGCAGCUCGAUCACCUCUUCGACUGUUUCAAGGCAAGCUGGACAAACGCCAGCAAGAAGCAGCGUGAAAAACUGCUGGAACUUAUCCGGCGCUUGGCGGAGGACGAUAAGGAUGGCGUGAUGGCCCACAAAGUCCUCAACCUGCUGUGGAACCUGGCACACAGCGACGAUGUGCCUGUAGACAUCAUGGACCAGGCUCUUAGUGCUCACAUCAAGAUAUUGGAUUACAGUUGCUCACAGGACAGAGACACGCAGAAAAUCCAGUGGAUAGAUCGCUUCAUAGAGGAACUACGAACUAAUGAUAAAUGGGUGAUUCCUGCCCUGAAGCAAAUCAGAGAAAUCUGUAGCCUCUUUGGAGAAGCGCCGCAAAACCUCAGAAAGAAAAUGCCAAUUAACAUACAAACGAACUUAGCCGGUCAAACUCAGAGAAGUCCUCAUGUGUUCUACCGACACGACCUGAUCAACCAGCUGCAGCACAACCACGCUCUGGUGACCUUGGUGGCCGAGAACCUCUCCGCCUACAUGGAAACCAUGAGGCAGUUCUCCAAAGAAGAACAAGCGGAGUUUGACCCUCAGACGGUCCGGCCAGGAAGCCGCUACAGCCAUGUCCAGGAAGUACAGGAACGCCUCAACUUCCUGAGGUUCCUGCUCAAGGAUGGCCAGUUGUGGCUCUGUGCCCCUCAGGCCAAGCAGAUCUGGAAGUGUCUGGCUGAGAACGCAGUGUUCCUCUGUGACCGCGAGGCCUGCUUCAAAUGCGUUACCUUCCUGCUACCCAAUAGGUACUCAAAGCUGAUGGGCGACGAGCCAGACCUGGACCCGGACAUCAACAAGGACUUCUUCGAGAACAACGUUCUGCAGUUGGACCCGUCUCUGCUGACGGAAAACGGCAUGAAGUGCUUUGAGAGGUUCUUCAAGGCCGUCAACUGCCGCGAGGGGAAACUGGUAGCAAAACGCAGGGCCUACAUGAUGGAUGACCUGGAACUAAUAGGCUUGGACUACCUCUGGAGGGUGGUUAUUCAAGGAAGUGAUGACAUCGCCAGCCGAGCAAUAGAUCUGCUGAAAGAGAUCUACACCAACCUCGGACCAAAACUACAAGUCAAUCAGGUUGAAAUUCACGAGGAUUUCAUCCAGUCGUGUUUUGACCGCCUGAAGGCCUCCUACGACACCCUGUGUGUGUUGGAUGGCGACAAAGACAGCAUCAACUGCGCUCGUCAGGAGGCCAUCCGCAUGGUGCGAGUCCUCACUGUGCUCAAGGAGUACAUCAACGAGUGCGACAGCGACUACCACGAGGAAAGGACCAUACUGCCCAUGUCCAGAGCCUUCCGUGGGAAGCACAUCACGUUGAUCGUACGUUUCCCCAACCAGGGCCGUCAGGUGGAUGACCUGGACAUCUGGUCACACACCAACGACACAAUCGGCUCAGUUCGCCGUGGCAUCCUCACCAGGAUCAAAGCGAAUGCUGCACAUACCAAGAUAGAGCUCUUCAUUGGUGGAGAGGUUGUCGAUCCCGCUGAUGACAGGAAGCUAAUCGGACAGCUCAAUUUGAAGGACAAGACGCUGAUCACGGCCAAGUUGACCCAGGUGAGCGCCAACAUGCCUUCAAGCCCAGACAGCUCCUCUGACUCAUCCACUGGCUCCCCUGGUAACCAUGGCAACCACUACAGCGACGGGCCCAACCCCGAGGUGGAGAGCUGUCUUCCUGGUGUGAUUAUGUCGCUGCAUCUGCGCUACAUCUCCUUCCUGUGGCAGGUGGCCGACCUGGGCUGCAACCUCAACAUGCCUCUGCUUAGAGAUGGAGCCAGAGUUCUCAUGAAACUCAUGCCCCCAGACAACACUACAGUGGAGAAUCUGAGAGCGGUGUGUCUGGACCACGCUAAACUCGGUGAGAACAGCCUCAGUCCGUCACUGGACUCGCGCUUCUUCGGCCCCUCGCCCUCACAAGUGCUCUACCUCAUCGAGGUUGUGUAUGCGUUGCUGAUGCCAGCCAGUGCCACUCUGGGCGAAGAUGCCAGCGACUUCCAAUACAACUUCUUGAAGAGCGGCGGGCUGCCCCUGGUGCUGAGCAUGCUCACCAGGAACAACUUCCUCCCGACGGCAGAUAUGGAGACGCGGCGCGGGGCUUACCUCAAUGCCCUCAAGAUCGCCAAGCUCCUGCUGACCUCCGUUGGCUUUGGACAUGUGAAGGCUGUGGCUGAGGCCUGCCAACCCAAUGCGGAGGGAAAUAUUCCUGUCUCACCGAUCAACCAGGCCACCCACGACCAAGCCCUGGUCCUCCAGAGUGCCCUGCAGAACAUCCCCAACCCUGCCUCAGAAUGCAUGCUGCGCAACGUAGCCAUCCGCCUGGCGCAGCAGAUUUCUGAUGAGAAUUUCUUCCAGGCAUCAAAGUACAUCCCAGACAUCUGUGUGAUCCGAGCAGUACAGAAAAUAGUGUGGGCAUCAGGCUGUGGCACAGUGCAGCUCGUCUUCAGUUCCAAUGAAGAAAUUAGCAAGAUAUACGAGAAGACAAAUGCAGCUAAGGAGCCAGAUGGGGAAGAUGAGCAGGUGUGCUGCGAGGCCCUGGAAGUGAUGACGCUUUGUUUUGCCCUCAUGCCAACGGCCCUGGACACGCUCAGUAAGGAGAAGGCUUGGCAGACCUACAUCAUAGACCUGCUGCUACACUGCCACAGCAAAUCAGUUCGUCAGAUGGCCCAGGAGCAGUUUUUCCUGAUGGCAACUCGGUGCUGUAUGGGCCACCGACCCCUCCUCUUCUUCAUCACCCUCCUCUUCACUGUGCUAGGGAGUACAGCCAAGGAGCGAGCCAAACACGCUGGGGACUACUUCACUCUGCUCCGACAUCUGCUGAACUAUGCCUACAACAGUAACAUCAACCUGCCAAAUGCUGAGGUGCUGCUCAACAACGAGAUCGACUGGCUGAAGAGGAUACGGGAUGAGGUUAAGAGGACAGGGGAGACAGGUGUGGAGGAGACCAUCCUGGAGGGCCACCUCGGGGUCACCAAAGAACUUCUAGCUUUCCAGACACCAGAAAAGAAAUACUACAUUGGCUGUGAGAAGGGAGGAGCCAACCUCAUUAAGGAGCUGAUUGACGACUUCAUUUUCCCAGCGUCUAAUGUUUACCUGCAGUACAUGAAGAGUGGGGAUUUCCCCACAGAGCAGGCCAUCCCAGUGUGCAGCACCCCCGCUUCCAUCAACGCUGGCUUUGAGCUCCUGGUGGCUCUGGCUGUCGGCUGUGUCCGCAACCUCAAACAGAUAGUCGACACUCUGACUGACAUGUAUUACUUAGGUAGUGAAACGUUGACCGAGUGGGAGUAUUUGCCUCCGGUGGGGCCGCGGCCCAACAAAGGCUUUGUAGGUCUGAAGAACGCUGGGGCCACCUGUUACAUGAACUCUGUCAUCCAGCAGCUGUACAUGAUCCCUCCUAUCCGCAAUGGCAUCCUGGCCAUCGAGGGCACGGGCACCGACGUGGACGACGACAUGUCGGGGGAUGAGAAGCAGGAGAACGAGAGUAACGUGGAUCCUCGUGACGAGGUGUUCAGCUACCACCAUCAGUUUGACGAUAAGCCCUCCAGCAAGUCAGAGGACAGGAAAGAGUACAACAUCGGGGUCCUGCGCCACCUACAGGUCAUCUUUGGCCAUCUAGCUGCAUCCAGACUGCAGUACUAUGUCCCGAGGGGAUUCUGGAAGCAGUUCAGGUUAUGGGGUGAGCCAGUGAACUUGAGGGAGCAGCACGAUGCUCUGGAGUUCUUCAACUCUUUGGUGGAUAGUUUAGAUGAAGCUCUGAAAGCCCUGGGCCACCCCGCCAUGCUCAGCAAGGUGCUGGGAGGGUCCUUCGCUGACCAGAAGAUCUGUCAGGGAUGCCCCCACAGGUAUGAGUGCGAGGAGUCAUUCACAACGCUCAACGUAGACAUCAGAAACCACCAGAACCUGUUGGACUCCAUGGAGCAGUACGUUAAAGGAGAUCUGCUGGAGGGAGCCAAUGCCUACCACUGUGAGAAGUGUAAUAAGAAGGUGGACACGGUGAAGCGCCUGCUGAUUAAGAAGCUGCCACCAGUCCUGGCCAUCCAGCUGAAGCGCUUCGACUACGACUGGGAGAGGGAGUGUGCCAUCAAGUUCAACGACUACUUUGAGUUCCCCCGGGAGCUGGACAUGGAGCCGUACACGGUAGCAGGUGUGGCCAAGCUGGAGGGGGACGAUGUCAAUCCAGAGAACCAGGUGAUCCAGCAGAACGAGCCGUCUGAGCCCACACCUCCGGGCAGCUCCAAGUAUCGUCUGGUGGGAGUGCUGGUCCACUCAGGCCAGGCCAGCGGCGGACACUACUACUCCUACAUCAUCCAGAGGAAUGGGGGUGACGGCGAGAAGAACCGCUGGUACAAGUUUGACGACGGCGAUGUGACCGAGUGCAAGAUGGACGACGAGGAGGAAAUGAAGAACCAGUGCUUCGGCGGGGAGUACAUGGGCGAGGUGUUCGAUCACAUGAUGAAGAGGAUGUCGUAUCGCAGGCAGAAGCGCUGGUGGAACGCCUACAUCCUCUUCUACGAGCGCAUGGACUCACUGGACAAGGACAGCGAGCUUGUCAAAUACAUCUCAGAGUUGACCAUCUCCUCCAGCAAGCCGAAUCAGGUCAAGAUGCCUGGUGUCAUCGAGUGCAGCGUCCGCAAGCAGAACGUCCAAUUCAUGCACAACCGAAUGCAAUACAGCCUGGAAUAUUUCCAGUUCAUUAAGAAACUUCUGACCUGUAACAGUGUCUAUUUAAACCCUCCUCCAGGACAAGACCAUCUUCUGCCAGAGGCAGAGGAGAUUGCUAUGAUAAGUGCUCAGCUGGCUGCUAAGUUCCUCUUCAGCACAGGUUUCCACACCAAGAAAGUAGUACGGGGUCCUGCCAGUGACUGGUACGACGCCCUCUGCAUCCUGCUGAGACACAGUAAGAAUGUACGCUAUUGGUUUGCACACAACGUCCUGUUUGCAUACCCCAACCGGUUCUCCGAGUACCUGCUCGAGUGCCCGAGCGCCGAGGUCCGCGGAGCGUUCGCCAAGCUCAUCGUCUUCAUCGCCCACUUCUCGCUGCAAGACGGCCCCUGCCCCUCCCCCACCGCCUCGCCUGGACCCUCUACUCAGGGCUGUGAUAACCUCAGUUUAAGUGACCACCUGUUAAGAGCUGUACUCAACCUGCUGAGGAGAGAGGUUUCUGAACACGGCCGUCACCUGCAGCAGUACUUCAACCUCUUUGUCAUGUACGCCAAUCUAGGCUUGGCAGAAAAGACCCAGCUGCUCAAGCUAAACGUUCCUGCCACGUUCAUGUUGGUCGCCCUGGACGAGGGUCCCGGCCCUCCAAUCAAAUACCAGUACGCUGAGCUGGGGAAGCUCUACACUGUGGUUUCGCAGCUGGUCCGCUGCUGUGACGUGUCCACGCGCAUGCAGUCCUCCAUCAAUGGUAACCCUCCUCUUCCUAACCCAUAUGGGGACACCAACCUGACGGCCCCGGUGAUGCCCGUGCAGCAGCUGGUGGCAGAGAUUCUGUUUGUUCGGACCAGCUACGUGAAAAAGAUCAUCGAAGACUGCAGCAACUCUGAGGAGACGGUGAAGCUGCUUCGCUUCAGCUGCUGGGAGAACCCCCAGUUCUCCUCCACUGUGCUCAGUGAACUGCUCUGGCAGGUUGCAUACUCCUACACCUACGAGCUGAGGCCUUACCUGGACUUGCUGCUACAGAUCCUGCUCAUCGAGGACUCGUGGCAGACACACAGGAUCCACAAUGUGCUGAAGGGAAUUCCAGAUGAUCGAGACGGGCUCUUCGACACCAUCCAGCGCUCCAAGAACCACUACCAGAAGCGGGCCUACCAGUGCAUCAAGUGCAUGGUUGCCCUGUUCAGCAACUGCUCUGUGGCUUAUCAGAUCCUACAGAGUAACGGUGACCUGAAACGAAAGUGGACGUGGGCAGUCGAGUGGUUAGGGGACGAGCUGGAGAGGAGGCCCUACACGGGCAACCCCCAGUACACCUACAACAACUGGUCCCCUCCGGUCCAGAGCAACGAGACCUCCAACGGAUAUUUCCUGGAGCGUUCGCACAGUGCACGUAUGACCCUGGCCAAGGCCUGUGAACUCUGUCCCGAAGAGCUCAAGUGUACUCAGGGAAGCCCAGGGAAGGAGCCCGACGAAACGGAAGCGCCCGACGAUCAAGACUCCUCCCCGCCCGAGGACACGUCCCUGUACCCGCACUCUCCUGGAACCGCCCAGUUUCAGCAGAACAACCACCCCCAUGGGCAGCCGUACACCGGGCCUGCUGCUCAGCACAUGAACAACCCCCAGCGUCCCGGUCCUGCCUCGGCCCCGACUCCCGGCCCGACCCAGACCCCCACCCCAGGCCCUGGUCCCACUCCCGGCCCAGGCCCGCGAGCACAAGAGAACUGGGAGAGCACCGAGGAGGUCGCCGCCCCCGCCCCCGCCCCCGCCUCCACCUCCUCCACCACCACCUCUACCACCACCACCACCACCUCCUCCACCACCCCAGCACCUGCCCCGCCUAAGGAGUAACAUCCCCUCCCCUCCCCUCUGCUGUGCCUCGAGCCUCCAUCGUCCCGCUCUCCUUCCUCUCAUCGUUCGGUCAGCAGAGCUCCUCGACCGGGGGCCUCUCUCUCUUUCUCUCUGUGUGGCCCCAGGGCAGGGCAGAGCCAGGGCCUCCCACCCCCCCACCCCCACUCCAGGCCACGGCCUCUCUCUGCCGUCGAGCCUGAGGGAGGCGCUCUUCCCUGGCCUGGGGCUGCCUGGCCUCGUGACAGGGGCCUGCUGGUGGCUGCAGAGGCGAGGGAAGUGGACAAAGAGUUCUAAUAAAGAAAAACAAAUUUAGUCCGAGCUGACGAUGCUGAUGCGCUUGUCUACACGACGAAAAAAGGUGUACAUAGUAUCUUAAUGUUUUUGACUGUUCAGGUCCCCCAGUAGCAUAACUCUGUGUGGUUUGCUGUUGGGAGAUUGUUGCAGAUAGUAUGAAAAACAAAAAUGGAUAUUAUAAAUAAGAGGGGGAAAAAAAGCCCCCCCCCCCCAAAAAAAAAAAACACAACAAAACUGUAAGAAGACAACAACUCCUCUUUGUUUUAUCACCCAUGCUCGGCAGUAAAGUUUGUUCCACCAUCGGAAGGUUACUGGUCAUUCAACUGUAGAAAGACGCAUUGUUAUUAUCAUAAUUAAUAUUAUUAUUCUUAAGCUCCUCGGCGACUUCAUGACCCCAAUGCCAGAUCAACUCACGAGCCGUGGUUGGUUUUAUUUGUGAGAUGUGGAAUGGUUGGGUGGACUUCUACGGUGUUUGGUUGAUGUGAAAACGCAGUGAUGCAACAUUGUUCUGAAACUCAUUGCCUUUCUUUUUCUUUGAUUUCUUUUUUUCUUUUCUUCUUUUGUUUUUGUUUUGUUCUGGUAAUUAAUUCAACCCUUUUUCGAAGCUCUAGUUAAUAUGCUGUAACAUUUAGCAUGGCUUCUCACCAGAAUAGUGUAGCCCAAGGGAAGACUUGUGAUCAUAACAACUUAAAGCUGUUCUUAAUCCAACAUCUCCAGAGGGGUGUUACCCUUAGGUUUUUGUUUUUUUUAAUUAUUAUUUUCUACUCAUCAUCUACCCCUAUCUACAAUGAGGGCGAUAUUUUUGAACCAAUGUAUGAAUAAGUGGCUUUUUUUCAAUUGCUCAUCAUAAUCCUACGACUUUACAUUCGGCAGCCAGUGUUGAUGGGAUUAGACAGCUUUAGCUUUUCAUCUAUAGGAAAUUCAGAUAAAAUGAAAACACAUAUGCAACAGAAAUCGCGGCACUGGGCUACUCUGGUGUGUAAAAAUAGACUGUGUGGUUUGCUUCUGUCUCUUCAAUAGAGCCUAGUUGUAGACGAGACCCGUUUGGCUCCCCGUCAGCUUCCUCUCUGCCCAUGGAGCCGGUCAGGUUUUUGCCCGUCUGGCUGCGGUUCGGGAUGAAGCAACCGAUCCUGAGCGGCAGCGAGACCCUCGUCCCUCUCGCUCCAUGGACACGAGGCUCCGCGGCAGGGUCGCACCGUGAGAAUAGCAGCUGGUUAGUCACGUUGCAACUUGAGCUAACUUGUAAUUCUGUAGGAGUAAAAGGUAAAACAUCAGUAAAUACUGUAUUUAAUUGGUAACUUGAAUGCGUGUAUUUUUGAAAUUUUCUUUUUCUUUUUUUUUUUCUUUUCUUUUUUGUCUAAAACAUACCAAAUACUCCUGCAAAUGAAAAUAUUCUGCCCACCGUAUUAUAUUUAAAUAUUUUGCUCUUAUUUUAUAGAAUUUAUUUUGUUGUAUUUCACUAAAAAAAAUAGAAUUUGAUUUAAGAGGAACAUUUUUGUCCUUGUGUUAUUUUUAAAGAAGAUAUUUGACUGUACAGAGUUCUGCGCCCUGUUUUUUGCCGACUUUUGUUUUGGCCAUGGUGUGACGUUGAAUUCUGGAGCUACAGUCGCGAUGUGGACUUUCACUUUGUGAGGUUUUUUGUGCACAGAAAUAUAACAAAAAAAAAAAAGCAUUGCGCCCUUAGCAAAUAAAGAACAUGGAAUCUUG